AGGCUUGAGAUUCCAAGUGGUGACGUUUUACAUCCUGGUCGCCUACAUUCAGCCACGUCCCUUCCCCUGUUAGCAUGGCCGCUUCUAGAACGUCGCUGAGGACCCUGGACUCCUGGUUACUCUCGCUGCUGCUCUUGUCCUCUGUAUCGGGUCAGAAAACUGAUACCCCUGGUUCUACUACACCUCCUGUUUUUUCAAAUACAGUUCGUAAGACAACUUUGAACCUUGAUGUCACCACUUCCCAGGCUUUAAACUCAAGUGUUGGAACAAACAAUACUCUUGCAAAUGAUACAGUUUCUUACAAAUCUUUAAACAAUUCUAGUGUUAAUGAUGAUACGUCUGCAACAACAUCCGAACUGAAAAAUGUUACAGUUAAUUCUACUUCCUUGCCUUCUGACUUAUCUAAACUGGUCAAGGUAAUGUCUACAACUAUUUCUGACACAUCUGAAAAGCUUACCACUGACACUAACCAACUUACUAGUGACAAAAGCACUGUGGUUGCAGACCUACCAUUUUCCAAGGAGACAGACUUUGAGGAUUACAAUGGUGAUAAUGAUGAGUAUGGUGAUGAUAACAAUGAAAAGGAUGCUAACCUUGAUGUUGUCUUAUCAAAUGUUGAAGAUGAAGACCGUAAUUAUGAAGAUACUGCAUAUGGCACAAAUAAUGUGAAAGAGGAAACUGAAUCUGAUGUGGAUGGUGACAGUCACUUUUUCAUACAUUUAGUUGUAAUCGGCUUUUUGAUUGCUAUAAUCUACAUUACAUACCACAACAAAAGAAAGAUCUUCCUCCUUAUUCAGAAAAAAAGGUGGCGUGAUGGUCUAUGCUCCAAAAAUGCUGGUUAUCGUCGCCUGGAUCAGAAUGUAAAUGAAGCCAUGCCUUCACUCAAAAUGACCAAGGAUUAUGUUUUUUGAGUGUAACAUCUGCCGUAUUUAUAUUUUGUUGGGGGUGGGAAGGAGCUGUAUUAUUCAUCAGACUAUAUAGCAUAACUUUAAAUUGCACAUUUUAUUAACUGUUCUUUGUUUUCUGUUGUAGUUUACGACAAUCCGUUUUCUUAUUUUUUUUUUUUUUUUUUUUCAUCUAGCAGUUGAUCACUUUUAAUUUAAGCAGUACAUGUAAAUGUUUUAUUGUUAAUAAUGCUCUUUGUCUAUCGGUUUUUCCAGGAUUUAUAUUGUAUACUAUAUGUUUGCACAAAAUGUAGCUUAUAAACUUACCCAAUGCAUUAAAUGGACUCUCAAGCUACUAUUACCAUAACCGCUAAAUAAGCUUUAUUCCCGUCAGAAGUGGGAAUUUUUUAUUAUUAUACUGGUUAUUGUAGUGUUUAUGGUAUGAGUCUUUAAGUCCUAUCUCAAUGUGAAUCCAUCUGUAUUUAAAAGCAAUAAUAGCACUAAGGUAGUUAGCAAGCAGAGUCAUUGUGUGGGUGCCAGGAAUAGCCCUGUUUUUUCGUCAAACUGGCUAGACUACCCACUUUGAAGUCAAUCAGCACAUUCUUGCUUGGGUGUCUUUGCACUUACAAUACAGAAGUUUCCUUCCAAUAAGGUGUAAUUGCUAGGAAAAAAAGUUUUUGUCAAUCUGUGCCCAUAGAUUAACAGCACUAAAACCUCCACAGUGAGCUGUGACCCUUUAAAGUUUUAAUUAUUUUAAUGCUUUUAUUCAAUGAAGUCAACUUCUAAAUAAUCUUGUUUUUUUUAAAAAAACUUGAGUCCAGUUGGUGCUUACUUUGCAGGGAUGCUCCAUAUGUUUGGAAAAGCACGUUAAAAACUUCAGUGACAAAAUCCACUGCUCAGUUGUACUCCUCUUCUAACUAAAGUAUUUGAGUCAGGAUGUGUCAGUAUUGAUAUAUCAAAAACAAAAACAUUUUUCUCCUUGUGCCUUAGUUGCAGCCCAAAUAGUUACAUGUACGAAAACGUAACUAGCACUUCAUUUAUUAUAGCAUAUAUAAUAUUACCAGCUAUUCACUUAAAUUAGCUGACGUGCC